GGUUCGGCUCAGAUGGACAAGAGAGAUCGACCACAACCAGCUAAAAGGAAACUAAUCAGCUAAAGAGUCCAAACAAUUUAAGCUGUCAUUUGGUUUUAUUACUUUAUCUGCUUUUAUUUAGGACGUCGGUGGCAGGAAGUGACGUGACAUAAUUUUAGGCUGAUGCUAACAGGUUUAGAAGAUGUCUGAAAGUUUCAGAGUUUUAAACAGCUCCCUCAGGGCUUGGUGUCAUUCGGGCUUCAGAGCGCUCCUACAGGGGAACCAGGCUCUGAGCUGUCCGCGCAGCAGGCGCUGGAGGUCGGAUACACACACAGCUGCAGGAACUCCUCGGCCACUAGAGGGCGUCAGAGUGUUAGAUCUGACCAGAGUUCUGGCCGGUCCGUUUGCCACCAUGAUCCUUGGAGACCUUGGAGCUGAGGUGAUCAAAGUGGAAAGACCAGGUGGAGGUGACGACACCAGAGCCUGGGGUCCUCCGUUUGUUUCCUCAGAGAGCGUCUACUUCCUGAGCAUCAACCGGAACAAGAAGAGCAUCGCUGUGGACUUGAAACAUCUGAGAGGAGCAGAGAUCAUCCAGCAGCUUGCAGGUGUGUGUGACGUUCUGGUAGAAAACUUCCUGCCGGGGAAACUUCCUCAGAUGGGUUUAGGAUACGCUGAGCUGAGCAGAGUGAAUCCACGGCUGAUCUACUGCUCCAUAUCAGGUUACGGACAGACGGGUCCUCGGGCUCAGAGUCCAGGAUACGACUCCAUCGCCUCGGGAGUGUCGGGAAUGAUGCACAUCACUGGGCCAGAGGAUGGAGAGCCGGUGCGUCCAGGCGUCGCCAUGACCGACCUGGCGACAGGGCUGUACGCACACGGAGCCAUCAUGGCCGCCUUGCUGCAGAGACUGAAGACGGGGAGAGGAGUUCACAUCGACUGUAACCUGCUGUCUUCUCAGGUGUCCUGCCUCAGCCACAUUGCAGCCAACUAUCUGAACGCAGGGAAGGAGGCAAAACGCUGGGGGACGGCCCAUGAGAGCAUUGUCCCGUACCAGGGCUUCAGAACCAAAGAUGGACACCUUGUUGUAGCUGCAGGAAAUGACAAGCAGUUUGUCAGAGUGUGUCAGGUUCUGGAUCUGCAGAAUCUCACUGAGGAUCCAAAAUACAAAACCAACCGGCUGAGAGUCCAGAACCGCAAACAGCUGCUGCACACACUUUCACAGAGGUUCCUGCAGGAGAACACUGCUGAUUGGCUGAGGAGGUUCCAUGGCUCAGGUGUUCCUGUUGGACCAAUCAACAGCAUCCAGGAAGUGUUCUCAGAGCCGCAGGUAAAACACAACGGACUGAUCCAGGAGAUGGAGCAUCCAACGGCAGGACACAUCGCUGUGCCUGUAAAAAGCAGCAACUAGCCAACAGGCCCCGCUGGCAGCUGUCUACACCAGAGCAGAUCCAGCCAUGGACCCAGAUACCCGAGAACUCGGGACAUAUCACUCCCCAAGCAGAGGCCUGACAGAGCCCAGGGGUUCACUCCCCAUAUAUACUCUACAUUCCCAGGUCCAGGUACCGAUACCCCAUAGGGGCAACCGGACCCAGGAGGUGGUCCCCAGAACCACCAUAGGAUGAAACAGUUCCAACCCCCCAAUGAAUUCUGAUCUAAACCCCGUGAGCCACCCCCACCCCCCAUGAACCCCAACAUGAAUCUCCCCACAGGGCCACCCCCAACCAGGACACAGAUAUCGAACACAUGCCCCUGAACCCAAACGCCCUGAAUCCCCUCCACACAGGGGCACACCCCCACAGUUGAGCUCCAUCCCCAAAAAGCUGACAAAGCCACCCCCACACAGCGCAGGCUCCACACACAGCCGCAGUCCAAGCACCCAGCGUGCCACGACAGCAAGGCAAGGGCCCUGCGCAACGCCACCCCAGCCUCUGCCCACAGGCGCAACAGGGCAGACUCCACUGAGCACCACGCCCGCAAUGGAACCCCCAACCCCACACCAAGAUGGGACAAUCCCACAUGGCAAGAGGUCUCCAGCAUCGGGGCUGGCGUCCCCCACCAUGGUCCCCACAACCACACAAACACACCACAUCACCGCCACUGCAACGAAACGAUAGCCCAGGGAGAAACAUUACCCAGCUUGGCUCUGCCAUUGCAGCUCAGCCAAUUCGAAUGCAGGUGACCCCACAUCCAAGAAGAGGACACAAUCUACCCACACGCUGCAGCCCCUCCACACUACCCUCUAGCCCACCGCCUUGUUCCCCCCUGGAUAUGACAGCCAGCAAAGCAGCACACCGCCAAGUCCGCCCAACCAUUCGGCCAGCGUCAGCAGCCCCAGCCUGCCAGUCCAUGGUUGAGAAACAUGCACCAGUCGGGUGACCUGGCUGGGCAGGUCAAUCUCUCCAGGACAAGCACAACCAGCCAGCCGACCCAGUGCAGGCACAAGAUAUGGUCCACCGCCCCACCCUCCCGACCAUCAACCGGAGCCCGGCACCCGCCCAGGGGCCAAAGCCACAGAAGGAAGCAUUGGAGGAAGACCAUCACAGCACGCCAAGGACCGGGCACCCCGCCAACCCCUCACCCAAACUCUGGAGAUGCCCCAGCAUGCCGGCCACCCAGGCUCCCGCACGACACACCCCACUGCACCAAGCAGGCCGGCCGGCCAGCUCCUCCAUCAUAGCGAAGCCACAUCUCAAUCAAUGCUGCAGACUGCCUGGGCAAGAUCCCCUCGCCGGAGCCCGGCGUCCCCCCAACUAUGGGACCUAUGCACUAGCACCGAAGCCAGGGACCAAGAUACAAAGAAAUGCAAGCGAUCCGGAGAGAGCAGAAACGCCAGUUCCAGCACCAGACAACCCCCAAGACCCAAACCCCAACCCCAGCCCAGAUCCCAACCAGAAGGCCCGCUCCUUCUCCCGGCCUCCGACCCCAGACGGCAAACAGCGAACGAGGGUGUGAAAAGACCUGACCUCAAAUGUGGUGUCGAUGCGUGUCAUUGUACUGUGCAUUUAAAAAGAAAAACAGGUGGGGAAGAGGGUCUGCCACCCCCAAGGAGCCAGCCCCUGGCUAAUCCCAAUAGGCAUCCCCGUUCGCCGAGUGCCAACAAAGGAGGGAGGCAUAGGCACAUCCACUGGGCAAAAGACUAGACACCGGUGCCUAAGACCAAAACUGAGACCGAAAACCAAGACCGAAAACUGGGACCAAUACCCCCAGCCCCCCCCUUGGAACCGCCCAAACCCUCAAACCCUGAUCCCCAGCCAUGACAUGCAGUCCACCGCCUAAAGAAGCCACCGACCCCCAAUAAAAAGGAGCCAACCGGCAGCGUGCACAGUGAUGACCAAGACUGUGACCCAACUCGAAAAAAAAGAGCAGACCGGCCGGCCCAGUGCAACCAGAAUACGCCACACAAAGGGGGGCACAUGACCAACAUGCCCAACCACCCCGAACCCAUGGUGCAGAGCCAACAGAGUGCCCAGUCCCCGAUGCCUGGCACCGGACGGUAUCCACAACCAGACCAGCGGGGCAACAAAACACAUUCCUCACCAACACAGAGGCUGCCAAUAAGUCUGGUAGAACCUGGUUCUAAUCAGAGAGACUUGCUGCAAGUACCACUGUGAAACAGAAUCAUGGUUCCGUCACCGCGCAGGGUUCUAACCUGCAGGGUUCUAACCAGGAGCUGUUCCUCCAGGAACUGUUAAUCUGCUGGAUCCUAGAGCUAGUUUGAUUCCCUUUCUGGGAAUCAAACUAGAUCACAUUCUGGGAAUCAGAUUGUGAUCAGAAUCAAACAGUAAAGGAUCCUUGUGUGUGUGUGUGUGUGUGUGUGUGUGUGUGUGUGUGUGAGUGUGUGUGUGUGUGUGUGAGGGUGUGAGUGAGUGUGUGUGUGUGUGUGUGUGUGUGUGUGUGUUCCUCUGAGGUUAAUUGAGCAGAAAAACGUGCAGCUCAGAACAUCCGUUGUCAGAUGGUUCUGUGGCGUUCCUUUCUCUGGGAUUGUGUCACUUCAGAGUCAGAAAGCAGGCAAGAACAUAAUAAAGCUGGAGCUUAGGAUGGAGGCAGGGACUGAAGAUCAGUCUGAGGAGAAGAUGGAAUAGGAUCAUCUGGGAUCAUUUUCAGCAUGAUUAACAAGACAUUAUUCAGUUUAAACCAGAAUUACUGACCUGAGAUGUACUCUAACUAACUGUGCAGGAUUAUCUGUUAAUAUUCACCCAUCAUAAUGAUCAGGUCAUAACCGCUCACAAUAGUGUGAAAAUAUCCACAGAGGAAAAUUUGGAACCUGCUGGUCCAAAUUAUCCAAACAAUUCAGGCUGAUCUGGAACUGAAGGUCAAAAUAAUCUGUUUCUAAAUUUUCUGGAAUAUCUGAAUAUAAGUAAAUAUUCAGAACAUUAACAGAACAGGAAUUUCAUCUAAUUAACUGUUGGGGAUAAUCUGUAAAUCAAGCUAUCUCCUAAAUAAUCUGAGAAUCUGUAACUAAGCAACCAACAUGAUCUCAGAAUAUUCACCAAUUAGUCAUAUAAUCAGUAAUUGUUCAGUAACAUUUGCUCGUUAUAAUAAUCUGAGAAUAAUCUGGAGUCAAUUAGCUGAGAAAUACUCUGGCUAAUGCUUCAUAAUCUGAUUCUAAACUUUCAGGAAAAUCUUGAACUUUUCUAGAUUACCUGAGUAAAAGUUCUCAUCUACUCCUUACUGCCUGAGGAAGAAGGACAAUUACUGUCUGUUACAACAAACAGAGAAAUGUUUAGAUGAAAAUUAAUUUAUAUGGAGGCUUUAGACUAGCAGGGAUGUCAACCCUUUACUUGCUGAAUUAAUUUACAAUUAUACAUAUAAAAUAUUUUGUUCUUGUUGUCAAGCACAGGCUAGUCAUUUUUAAUAAAGUACCAACAAACACAGAACUUUAGGUAUUCAUUGUCCAAAUUAGUGAAAUUAAGCAGAGCUAAGCAGAACUCCAUCCACUAGAUGGCAGCAAAUUGCUUCCAGUAUGACCCUUGGUACAUGUUGGAUAUGAAUCAAAAGGUUCUUGUUGAACUCAGAAUGUGGAUUUCCUGAGUUCCCGGUCGGAAAUGAACCAAGAAAACCAGCUGAAGUGGGAGUUCUGACUGGAAAAGCCCGCUCAGGAACCCACAUCCACUCUGUCUGCAGGCUUAAAUGUAGAGAUGAUCUUCUGCUGGUUUGCAGCUACUAGUGGUGAACAUUCUGCUCUGACAGAUCUGUUUGUGUUUUAACACACAGCAUCAGAGGAAAUAUGUUGUUAUUGGUUGUGUUGCUAAUAGCUGUUAGCACCACAAGUAGCAGCAUUCCCACUUCCUGUGACGUCAUUCCAGCUCUGUGGAAAGCAGUAAGAGAUGGCGCCACCUUGGCUAGCUGCAGGUAUCUGUGGAUGGAGCUGUAUGCAGUGAUGUUCUUCACAGAACCUGAACUGGUUUCACCUUCAUCCUCUAACAUCAUAAAGAUAUCAGAGGAGAUUCAGGAGGUUUGGACAUAACUGGUCUCCUUACUGUUGUGGUAAAAGGGCGGAGCUACAGGCGGAGGUGUUUCAGGGAGGAAGAAGCUGCUGAGAGGAACCAUGUCUGUUGGACAGAACCUGAGUCAAUCUCUUUUAGACUCAUCAGGACCUUCCUGCUGCAUCAGAUUAAAUGUCCUCAUCAUCUUCUGUCUCCACUCGUCCCUCAGGUUGUCCUCCUGUUUCUGUUCCCUUCCUCUGUCUUUCAAGCUAUCAGCUCUGAGCUGCUUGGAUGGACCGAUCAGCAGCAGAAACAAGAAAGAAAUGUGAUGGAUGAAUAAAAGGAUUAUGUAA